CUCAAAGCAGCCCUGAGGACCUGGACUGAUCUGUACCGGUCGUUUGCGAUGUGUGCUGCCAUGGUAACCACCGCGCCUGCAAACACAUGCUGCGAAGAACUCAGCCUCAAACUGUUACAUGUGUGGAAGGGGAACAGUUUAAAGACCCCCCAGGCCCUGGAGGCUGCAGUGAGCGUUCUCCAGACCAUGCUAGACUGUGUGGACUUCUCUGAAAUCACCAGUGAGAACAAGGCCAUCAUGCCCUUGAGUCCUGCCAAGUUCCAACAGAAGAAACAACAGAGGACCAUGGGAAACUUGACCUCGCUGGUGACCCUGGUGUCAAAGGUCAUGGAGGAGCUACACCUUAUCAGUGGGUCAGAGAAAACAGCCACAGCAGCGGCCCUGUCCACUAUUGGUGGAGGGGUGAUCAGCAUGCUGUCCCUCCUGUUUGGACACAUCACACAACCUGCUGUGAUUGGUUCCCUCCUGAGUAAACUGGCCAAUCAGAUUGCAGUAUUCUACCAAAGCUCAACUAGGGGUGCAAGUACAAGUAAGCUGUAUUCUCCCCAGUUCAUGUUGAAGCUGGAGAAGUUGUGGGGUGAGCUGCUGACGUGUGUCCAGACGCGGCACGGCGGCCCGUACAACACGGAACUCCUCGCGACGCUCUCGUCACUCCUGCAGCACACCUUCCUGCACAGCCGACAGCCAAUCAGGAACCAGACGCUCCUCUUCUGGAAUGCAACGUUCGCUACAUCACACUCCCUGGUUUAUCCAGAGGAACUCAAACCAGUGCUGAAGAAGGUACAUGACAAAACCCCCAUCAGCCUCCCAGGCUGGCAGAUGCAGACAGACGUCAGCCUGGCAGCCGGCAGCUCUCAGCAGACUGAGGAGUCCCAGUCCUCCGCUCUACCCUCCCAGGACUUCUCCCUCCCCAAUGUACGGUCUCCUAAACUCAUGAGGGAGAGCUUCCUCAGGAUGGGAGCUAAGAGUUCUCCUGCGCGGUUCGGUAGAUCUCCGGUCCGUGCCCAGCUCCGCAGCCCCUCGAAAAGCCCCGCCCGCAGUCCCGCCAAGUCGCCGGCGAAGUCCCCCGCCAAGAUGGCGGUACGGAGGAAACUACACGUGGACGAGGAGAGCAACAAAGACUUUGUCUUCAUCCCUCCGUCUCCCAAGAAACCUCUGGUGCUGACAGAGAGACAGAAGGAGAGAAUGAGAGAAAGAGGUGUUGUUCCUGCCCUCUACAAUGACCUUGACGCGUCCCAAGAUGGCAGCCAGUUCUCGCAGCUCAUGUCGCAGAGCUCACAGCCAGCACAGCCGCCUGCUGAUAAAAUGGACGUUCCUGACUGUACGGAGAAAACAAAUUUGAAAGAACAAAGGGCUCCUCAGAAUGAAGGAAAGCAAGCAGAUGCCGAAACAACAUCUGAAGUGAUGCAAACCACAGAUGUCAGACAGCAAGAAAAUGUGGUCUCAGCUGUAGAUCAUGAUGAAAAGACGUCUGAAGAAAACAUGGAAGUAACCACAGAAGAUGCUGGGGACAAACCUCAAGAAACCGUCAAGAAGAAAGUUCAGAAAACCGUCACCAUGUAUAUGGAAGAUUUGGUACCUGCUACCACCAAAACCAUGUAUGUGAAGGAUGUGGUGCCUGCUACUCCCGAGCAUGAAAUCAAGGACAAAACAUUGUCACCAAAGUCGCCGGGAAAGGAGGAAAAUUCAGUUGACGUGGUUUGUGGAACACCACCUCCGAAAGUGAACAGACGACGUCGGUCGACUUUCGGGCAUAGCUACAAUUCAGCAAAGAAAAGGGGAAGGAGGAAAACUAGUGACAGUUCCGGCCAAUCAGACCAAAGCAUCAGCAACCAAUCAGAGGACAGCAAAGAGUCGCAGAAGGCCAGGCAGAUGGACCAAUCACAGACCAGAGAAAAGGGUGAUGACCAAUCAGAGGGCAGCACAGGACCAUCAGGUCUGUGGUACAACCAGCCUUUGACCCCCGGUAACCAAUCGUAUCCCAGCAUAACUGCAAGCAGCAGCCAAUCAGGUGUGGACCAAUCAGGAGGUAGAAUUUCAAAGAGCCCUGGCCAAUCAGGUGGCUCCAUUGGAAAAGCCACCAGCCCCCAAUCAGAAUGUAGCCCUUCUCAGACAUCCCCUAAAAUGGGAAAACUACCACCAAACAUGCCUAGCCCCGUCAUCAAGCUUGUACGCCUUUCCAACAAAGAAAUUAAGAAGUUCAGUCCCAACAAAGCCGAGAAGAAACAAUCUGAUCAACCAGCUUCAGGAAAGUUAAAGAAGGGUCUAAAGCCCUCCUGGCCAUUGAAAGACUCUGCGAAAGAUGACACACAGCACAGCAAUGACGACUUCUCUGACUUAAAGCCACUGGAAAAGUCGGCCGAGGACAAAGAAGGCAAUGCUCAAGUUAUCACGCCACACUACCUUCUAACUACCAAGUCUCCUCCUCAAGAAGUGAAAAGAAGAGGCAGAUCAAGAAGAAGCAAAGUAGAAGAAGUAGAUCUUGCAACAACCAGCAAAGAAGUUUCACCCGCGAAAUCCAUAGAAGUCAUUCCAGAAACAGAGUUGCAGGAAUCUGAAGUUGGGUCCACAACUGGAGACCAUUCCAUAGAAGAACCCAAGGCCUCGAGUCUAGAGCAUAUCUCAAAGGAAAAUCCUGAACUGUGUUCUACUCAGGAUCAUGACAUGGACACACCAACCUCACAACAGUCAAAUGCAGAGGAAGAGGGAAAACCAGCAGUCAAAAGGAGAAAAGGUCGCCAAAGGAAAUCGUUGUUACCUUCCAAUCCAGACAUAGAGUCCUCGCAAGAGGCCGGAAAUGUUUCCUUUAACUCAAGUAUUGAUAGCGUCUCGAAGGAUCCUGAACCAGUUAAAAGAAAACGGGGUCGUUCACCUAAAGUGAAAUUGGAGACGUCUACGGAAGAUGCUGUAAACCUGUCCUUGGAAGAACUGAAGGACUCGAGUCUUGAUAGUGUCUUUAAGGUUGAAGCAUGUUCCUCUCAGGAUUACAAUGCUGAUACGUCUUCACAACAGUCACAUGCAGGGGAAGGUCCCAAACCAGCUGUACAAAAGAAGAAGCGAGGGCGCCCAAGAAAAUCCAUUCUGACAGCUUGUGACGCUGACUCCUCUCAAGAUGCUGACAAGAAAACUCCAAGGAGAAUCCCAACAAGGUCAAGGAGACCCAGCUGGAAGGUCGCGGAUGGUCUUAAGGAGUCUGUGUCCGACUAUGCAUCGUCAAGGUCAGAGGAAAGUCAAACCAAAGAGGAACCAGCCAGCUUGAACAAGGAAGAAGUUGAAGCUGUGGACAAAAAGCAAGACGUUGAUAGUGAAGAUGACUUGCCUCUGUCUCAAGUAGCUAAACAGACAAAGCAGCUCACAGGAGGUGACAACAAAUCGUCAAAGGAUGACGAGGCUAAGAGUGCUAAGGAAGCUAGUGGUGGCAACAGUGUUGUGGAAGAAAUGGUGAACUCAGAAAGUCUGUUCUCUGGAUACGGAGAAGCGGGCUGUGCUGCAUCAGGUCAAAGUGCUGUGCUUUCGGCAGACACCCAGGAUCAAAGUAUAGAAGACACACAGCAGCAAAAUGCAAAUGUUUUCACUUCAAAUGAUGACGAAGAGCCUGAGAUUAUAGCAGAUAGCCAGUGUGAUCCUAGUGGGGAUAUGUUCACAUCCCAUAAGAUACUUCAAGUAGAGUCUGCCGAUAAGCAGCUAGUAGAGAAAGUGUCAACCAAUGAGGAGGUGGAGUCAAUUGAUAUUCAGGAUCAGGACAACAAAUGCACCAAUGAGGAACCUGGAGCAAGUGAUGUUCAGGUUAGCCCAGUGAAGGAUACAAAACACAUGGUAGAAAAUGUAGAAGAAAGGGACUCGAACAGAGAGUAUAAAAUUCUCCGAUUGAAAGGUGCCUCUCCUGUGGCAUUGCGUUUGCGCUCCAAGAUGACAAAGAAGGCCCCAGAACAGGUAGCUGUUGCAGAUUCCAAAGAAGUGCCAGAUGAAAAUGUCUCAAGCACAAAAGAGACAGAAGUGGAAAAGGAACAGGAAGAAGAGUUGGCAAUUCCAGGCGAUUCAGAAACCCCUGAAGAGCCAUCUAGCAGCAGAGGAACAAAGAAGGUCGGUAGGAAACCUAAGACAUCUCAAGAUGCUGGUGGGCAAACUCCUCAGAGCGAGAAGAAGAGGAGGCUGAGCACCAAGGCAAGACGGUCGAUCACAAGGAAGCACAAGACUAUGGAGACUGAAGACUUGAAGGAAAAAGUCAGUGAAAGUGACCCAACAGCUCCAAAGGAAGACUUGCCAGAAGAAGCAGCCGAUGUUUCCACUCUAGACACCUCAGCAGACGACCUGCCUAAGGUUGAAGACGUCUUGAAAGACAGCCCGAAGACCAGCACUCCCAGAAAACGUCUCAAGAAAAGCGCAGCAGCCGGGAAGGUGGUCGGAAGACGCCACAGCACGGGGGCCGUCCUGGUGUACUCCAGGAAGGAGACACCGCGGUCGGCCAAGUCGGUGGGGAAAGUCUCCAGUCACCUGAAGCAUGCGCGGUUCUCUCCUCCACAGAAGUCAGACUUCCACAGCAGCAGAGGGUUGCUGAGUCUUCGCAUGGCACAACGGAAACACGAGCUCCACAAGUCAUCUGUAUCCACCAAACUGGAGUAUCUCAUGACGGCAAGUCAAGGCUCACCAACAAGAACAACCUCGGUCCCAGCCAAUCCCAGCUCCCCUACCUCCUCCAACCAGGGUUACGCAACUGCAGUAGCCAAUCAGAGCUCGCCUACCAUAAGCGACAGUUCUUCCACCAGUGACAGCCCCCCAGGAUUUGCCCCCUACUUGAAGAUGUAUUCUCCCUCAGCGUCUCCAAGUGCACGAGGCAUCUUGAAGAAAAGGUUGAGAAAGAGGGGAGCACAGAAAGUAAACUCACCAUCACCACCAAAUAAGGUGCGUCGAGUGUCCUUUGCUGAUCCCAUCGAGAUGUCAUCAGACGACCAAUCAGAGCCCAGGAGGAGCCCCAAGCCGGUGAGCCGUUGCCUGGAGCUGCCCCGCCCGCAGAUCCCUCCCUCCCCAUUGGUCACCACGUCCCCAACCGGCGCCGCCAUCACAAGCCUCGAACAGAACAAGUUCAUCACAACUCCAUCAAAGAAGAAAUCAACGGAAGAGGCUCAGGAGGAGGUGGACACUGAUGCUGUGUUUGCUACUCCAUCAGGCAGAGCUCAGAGGUGA